AUGCGAGCAUCUUCCGUGCAGCACACCGGUGAGACCGCUUUGAACACUCCGUCCGAGUCCGCGGAAGACUUCAGAGCCGGCCCCGACAAUCCGCCUGUCGAGACCGAAGAGACAACCACAAGCAGCAACCUUCCUCUAACAGCCUUUACAUGGGGAGAUGACGCAUUCACACCUGACUGGUCAUAUAUGUCAGACCUAGCACUUGACUUAGGCGGAGGCGAUCCACUCGAUUCUCAAGUUCACGCCUCCAGCACCGGCAGCGAGCCGCAGUCUGCGCUGGAUAACACGACUUUCUCGGAGCAGCCGUUCCAACUACCAUUUGGGGUGCCGGUAUCUCUGGGUUAUCGAGACCCGUCCUCGUUGUUUGAGCGCCGCAGGUUUUCGGAGCCCGAGCUCGAGCUUACUGGCGAACUCGCUCUGCACAUCUUGCGCUCCUACCCAUACAUGAUGGCCAGCCCAGGCUCAGUGCCUCCUUUCAUCCACUCACACUAUCAGUGCUUAUCGGAAGGUGAUACCGGGCGUCCGAGUCCUCUCAAUGCUGCCUUGACACUGGCGAAGACGCUGCUGCAGGGCCGACGCAUGAACAAGAGCCUGAUCUGGGGACUGAUCCGGAUCGAACAGGAGCGACUGCUCAACGAGCACUCCAGCUUUGGCAAGUGGGAAGUCCUGGAAGCUCUGCAAUCGCUCGUCGUGUAUAUUCUCCUGAGGAUCAUCGAGGGACGCCACGACCAUACCAACUUUGAUACCCAGCUUCUGGCUUCACUCAAUGCAGUAUGUGGGCACAUCACCACGACGUUCGGCAAGCUCAUCAGCUUUGACGAAAUGGCCGGUCGAAUGAUGACGUGGAAGGACUGGGUGUUUUCCGAAUCGCGGCGUCGAACCGCAACUGCAUUUAUCAUAAUAGACGGCAUUCUACAUACACAAAUCACGAAUCCGCCUCCGACCAUGCCCGAGUAUUCCUCCUCGCCUGCACCUUCCCCCACGCAGCUGUGGCAGGCAGAGAACGAGAUGGACUGGGCAGCCGGCUAUGCCGAAUACCUGCAUGCGAAUGCCGUCCACGGAAUGCUCAAGAACGGAGAUCUGGUCAAGUUGAAGGAAGAGGCGGGAGGUCAACACGACAGGUGGUACGCUUAUGCCGACUCGUUUGGGCUUCUCGUAACAUUGGCGGCAAACAUGAUCAGUUAG